UACUUCACAACCCUAGUUACUUUAAUGUCCUGCUCUGGAAUUUGAAUCGGAAUUUAACGCAAAGAGUAAUAAUUCCUGAAUAAAUGGAGAUCACUAUUAAAUGGAGCAUGUGUCGCACUUGCUCCAAGAAAGGGUCCUCGCUCCACUCUCUCUUUGAAUCAAAUGCCCAUAAUCAGUUAGCCUUUCAUGCUGGUAUAGUUGUGGAACCAGAUGAUGGAUUACCAGAUCAGAUAUGCUCGGAUUGUUUGGAAAGGCUAGAGGAGGUUGAUCGUUUUCUAGGCGAGUGCAAACGCUCCGACGAGCACUUGAGGAAGCUCGUCCAAAAGACCAUGUCCUCAGCAGCACCCUUCCACACCUUAAAUAGCAAAGAUUUGUCAGCUGGGCAAAGAAAACGUGCCAGAAAGCAAAAGAUUUCCGAGCGACUCAACGAAGAGAAGCCUCUGGUCGUCAAGACUGAAAAGAAUCCCAUCAAAGUGAAGGAAACACAAACUAAAACAUUGGAAUUUAUUCCCAUUAUGAAAUCUCAAUCCGAGGAGGAGGCAGGCAACUUCGUGUUUCAUUUAAAUGUCUACGCGGAUAACGAGAAAUCUGCGUUUCAAGAAGACUACACCAUCAGCGAUUUGGAAAAAGAGAUCAUCGAAGAUAAUGACUUGGAAACCUCUUCGCAGGAGGGCACUGUUAUUACAGAGAACCCCGAGGAGACUAGUGAGGAGUCCCAAAAAUCGGAGCCAGCUCUGGAUUACGAAGUAGAUUUGGGCGUGGCCUGCCAGCCAGACAAGUACAAAUGCAAGAUCUGCAGCAACACUUACCCCCGUUUGCGUCUACUUAAUGUACACAUGCUGUUGCACGGCAAAGAAAAACUUCACGAGUGCGAGGUUUGUCAAAAGUCAUUUAGAGCCGCCUGCAACCUGAAAACACACAUGCGAACCCACACGGGUGAAAAACCUUACAAGUGCUCCUACUGUUCCCGCCGAUUUGCCGAUUGCAGUACUCAUCGCAAACACGAACGCAUGCACACAAAUGAGCGGCCAUAUGUCUGCAACGUUUGUGGCAAGUCCUUUUCAUUGUCUACCUCUCGCAAGGCGCACUACCUCCUGCACACCUCUGAAAAGAAGCACAAGUGUGACACCUGCAACAAGGCUUUCCGACUGAAACAUCAGCUCAAAGCUCAUCAAAAGUCGCACACGCACCUGCUGGGCGUGUCUUUGGCCAACGAGUGUAGCAACCUGGUCGAAUAGUCAAUAAAAACAUGUGGAUAUUUAUGAGAA